AUGUCCGGCCCCAGUCUCUACAGCUUCGCCGACGUCGACUCGCUGGCACAGCAGCUUCGCCAAUAUGUGCUCAACAGCCAGAACGCCGCCGUGAGCCGCCACGGAAACUUCCGCAUGGCCGUCUCGGGCGGUUCUCUCCCCAACACCCUCGCCAAAGCCCUCUUGACCAAGGGCGAUGGCUCGUCCGAAGACACCCCGCUCUUCUCCAAGUGGGAGAUUUUUUUCGCCGACGAGCGCGCCGUGCCGCUGGACCACCCGGACAGCAAUUACCGUCUCAUCAAGGACGAGCUGCUCGACAAGAUCCCUUCGGCGCUGGGCUCGCCCACCGUGCACACCAUCGAUGCCGAGCGAGUCAAGACCGGCAGCGCGGACGAGCUGGCCGAUUUGUAUCAGGAAGAUUUGAAGCGGUCGUUUGCCGCCAAGGACAGCAUCAAGGUGCCGACCUUUGACCUGAUCUUGCUGGGCGUGGGCCCCGAUGGCCACACCUGCAGUCUGUUCCCGGGCCACCCCCAGCUGCGAGAAAAGGAUGCCUGGGUUGUGGGCAUUACGGACUCGCCCAAGCCGCCGCCAAAGCGCAUCACGCUGACCCUGCCCGUGGUCGCCCAGGCUGUCAAUAUCGCUUUUGUUGCCACCGGCGGCGGCAAGCAGGACAUUCUGCGCAAGAUCUUUGAUACCGAGGAGGGCAGCAGUCUGCCGAGUGGGCUGGUCAAUGUCGAGGCUGGCGAAAAGGUCUCGUGGUUCGCUGACAAUGCGGCCACUGAGGGGGUGUCGUUUCCGAAACGGUCGAGUUUGUAG